UUACACUUAAAGCAAUUUAAAAUGAUAGCUUCAGAAGUGGGUUCAACGAACAAUGAAUCUGUACACAUCAAACUCAGCAAUGAAAAAGCUCCUCUAAUUUAUGGAAGAGGUGUUCUUCAUAGAUUAAGCAAUUUUUUAAAAUUUGGGAAAACACAACAUGCAGAAGGAGAUGGAUAUGUGGAAUUUGGUAGCUUGGGCACAGACAGUGGUCGUACUCUGGGAACAUUUGCUGGUGUAUUCAGUCCUGUAGCAUUAUCUAUGUUCAGUGCCUUAGUUUUUAUACGAAUGGGAUAUAUUGUGGGCAAUGCUGGAUUACUUGUCACUUUGACACAAUUCAUAAUUGCAUAUGGAAUUUUAUUAUUUACUGUUGCAUCUGUAUGUGCAAUUUCAACAAAUGGAGCAGUUGAAGGAGGUGGUGCUUAUUUCAUGAUUAGUCGUACACUAGGACCAGAAUUUGGUGGUUCUAUAGGCACAUUAUUUUUUAUGGCUAAUAUUGUAUCAAGUGCUCUUUGUAUUGCUGGUUUUGCAGAAGGUUUAAUAGAAAAUUUUGGACCAUCUGGUUAUUUGGCUGGUAAAAGUGCUCUCAUACCUGAUGGUACAUGGUGGCGGUUUUUAUAUUGUUCUGUAUUAAAUACUGCCAAUUUAGUAAUAUGUCUAAUAGGAGCAGCAAUGUUUGCAAAGACUAGUGUUGCAAUUUUGGCUGUUGUUAGUGUCUGCUUAAUAAGUAUUUUCAUAAGCUUCUUAGCACAAGGAUCCAUGGAGAUACCAAUUCCAAAUGCAAAUGAAUUGAUUCAAAAUGCAACAUAUCAUGUUAAUGGCACUUAUACAGGAUUACUGUCAUCUACUCUUAUAAGUAAUCUUUAUUCAAACUACAGUCCUGAUUAUUCAAGUAAGGGAGCAAUGACUGACUUUGCAAGUGUUUUUGGUGUAUUAUUUAGUGGUGUAAUAGGUGAAUUAAAAAAUCCAGGAAGAAACAUUCCGCGUGGAACUUUAUCAGCAGUAUUAUUUACAUUUAUAUGUUAUAUUCUGUUAUCUAUUCUUACAGCUGCAAGUACAAGUCGAUUUUUAUUGCAAAAUAAUUUUAUGUAUAUGAUGCCAAUUAAUAUUUGGCCACCAUUUGUAGCAGUUGGUAUAUUAACAGCAACAUUUAGUGCUGGUUUAAGUAAUUUAAUAGGAUCAAGUAGAGUUUUAGAAGCACUAGCAAAAGAUAAUGUGUUUGGAUCUGGUUUAAAUUUUAUAACACAAGGGACGUGGAAAGGAAAUCCAAUUGCUGCAGUUUUAACUUCAUGGACUUUAGUUCAAAUAAUUUUGUUAAUUGGUUCUUUAAAUACUAUUGCUCAGAUUAAUUCAGUAUUAUUCUUGUUGAGUUAUUUGGCUACAAAUUUGGCUUGCCUUGGAUUGGAGCUUGCAAGUGCUCCAAAUUUCAGACCAACAUUUAAUUAUUUUACAUGGCAUACAGCAACAAUUGGACUUCUUGGUACAUUAAUAAUGAUGUUUGUUAUAAAUAGUAUCUAUGCUUCCAGUAGUAUAAUACUAUGUUUAAUUUUAAUUAUUGUGCUGCAUUUGUUUUCUCCAAGUAAAAAUGCUCCUUGGGGAAGCAUAUCUCAAGCACUUAUAUUUCAUCAAGUUCGAAAGUACUUAUUAAUGUUAGAUUCACGAAAAGAUCAUGUAAAAUUCUGGCGACCACAAAUACUGUUAAUGGUAGCUUCUCCGCGAUCAGCGUGUCCACUUAUAGAUUUUAUAAAUGACUUGAAAAAAGGAGGACUUUAUGUAAUAGGGCACGUAAAAAUUGGAGAAUUUUUAGGACAAAAUAUUGACCCUGCUAUAGAAGAAUAUCCUCAUUGGUUAAGUUUAGUUGAUCAUAUGAAGGUAAAAGCAUUUGUCGAGUUAACAGUUACAAAAACUGUACGCGAAGGAUUACACCACUUAAUUAGAAUAUCUGGAAUGGGAGCAAUGAAACCAAACACAAUUGUUCUUGGUUUUUAUGAUGAAAAAGCGCCAAUAGAUUUUUUUAAGAAUUCCCAGUAUGCAACAGAUAUGUUUGAAAACGUUUCAACAUUAUCGAACAGUACUGCAUUUCCUCUAAGACAGAUAGAUGGAGAAAAGUACCUGGAUCCAGUACAAUAUGUAGGAAUGUGCUCAGAUGUUUUAAAAAUGAAGAAAAAUUUGUGUUUAUGCAGAAAUUUUGACACAUUGAAUAAAUUACAAAUAACUAAGAAUUCUUCUUUAAAAUACAUUGAUGUAUGGCCUGUGAAUUUUUUUCAACCUACUGAUCAAGAUCCAUUUGACACAACAUCAUUAUUUAUGCUCCAACUGGCAUGCAUUAUUAAUAUGGUACCUGCAUGGAAAAAUUUGCAUCUCAGGGUGUUUCAUUGUGAAAGUUCAGACAGUACUGCAAGUUUGAGUACUUCUGAUUCACAAAAUUCGAUCAGUGAAUUUCCAAGAGUUUCCAAUGAACAUCGUAUAAGAAAACUAUUAAAUAUGCUAAGAAUAUCUGCAUCCAUAAAGAAAAUUCCUGAUUGGGAAGUACAAGUACGUGGAUUAAAAGGUAGAUCUCUCAUCGAGUUAAGAGUUGAAAGUCAAUAUGAGUCGAGCGCUGAAGGCAGCGAUGUCUUAAGUAAUGUUUCACGUGCUUAUAUUUUAAGUGUGAAUCAGUUAAUUAGGCAACAUUCUUCUCAAACUGCUGCAACAUUCAUUUAUUUGCCUGCCCCACCAGUAUCAAAUACAUGGGACGAAAAUGCUAUGUAUCGUCAGUACCUUCAAUUGUUAACAGAAUUAACUGCAGAUUUACCACCUAUAAUAUUAGUGCACGGUGUUAGUGCUGUUACGUCAACAACACUAUAAUGAAAUGUAAAUAUAGGAAUAGAAGUGCUUAUUGUACAAGUUUUGCAAAAGAAAGUAUUAUUUAAUGAAUAUCAUAUGCAACCUUAAGUUAUUUUUUAUAAUUCUUAUGUUUUUUAAAGAACGACCAUUGGCAUCUGAAGGAGCAGAAAGAUAUCAAAAGUAUUUUUUCGUUUUUAAUUACAUGAUUAUAAUAGUAUAAUGACUAACUCGACGGUAAUAAUGCUUUCUUAUUACAAGAAAAAAAUUUUAAUCUUGGAACAAAUAUAGUUUAUUGCUGUG